AUGACGGACAAUAGCCUCGGGGGUGGUGAUGAGGCCGCUGGUAGUGAAGUACCGGACCUGGCUGCUAUUAAAGCUAGAGUAAGGGAGAUGGAAGAAGAGGCUGAGAAAUUAAAACAAAUGCAGACAGAAGUUGAUAAGCAAAUGAGUAUGGGUAGCCCACCGGGACUCACAAGUCCACUGAAUAUGUCCAUAGAGGAGAAGAUAGAAGCUGACAACAGAUCUGUGUAUGUUGGUAACGUGGAUUAUGGGGCCACUGCUGAAGAGCUGGAGCAACACUUCCAUGGCUGUGGAUCUAUUAAUAGGGUUACAAUAUUAUGUAAUAAGUUCGAUGGUCAUCCCAAAGGGUUUGCAUACAUCGAGUUUGGUGACAAAGAUAGUGUACAGACCGCAAUGGCCAUGGACGAGUCAUUAUUUAGAGGGCGUCAAAUAAAGGUAAUGCCCAAACGCACGAACAAGCCAGGCUUGUCGACGACGAACAGACCGCCGCGCUCGUCUCGCGGGCGCGGGCGCUCGUUCCGUGGUGGUGGCUUCUCUCCGUACUACUCGGGCUACCGGCCCGUUCGUCGCGGCAGAGGUUACAGGCGCGGCACGUAUUACUCUCCGUACUGA